CUCCCGCCUGGCGCUGCCGAACUUGCUCUAACUUCCUCGGCCGACCGGGCCGCGCCGCCGCUGCCGCGCCCGGGUCCUGCUUCUCAGAAGAUGCACUAUUACAGAUACUCGAAUGCCGAGGUCAGCUGCUGGUACAAGUACCUCCUCUUCAGCUACAACAUCGUCUUCUGGUUGGCUGGAGUUGUCUUCCUUGGAGUUGGACUCUGGGCAUGGAGUGAAAAGGGUGUACUGUCUGACCUCACCAAAGUGACUCGGCUACAUGGAAUAGACCCCGUGGUGCUGGUCCUGAUGGUGGGCGUGGUGAUGUUCACACUGGGGUUCGCUGGCUGUGUGGGGGCCCUACGGGAGAACAUCUGCCUGCUCAAGUUUUUCUGUGGUGCCAUCGUGCUCAUCUUCUUCCUGGAGCUGGCUGUGGCUGUGCUGGCCUUCUUGUUCCAGGACUGGGUAAGGGAUCGGUUCCGGGAGUUCUUUGAGAGCAACAUCAGAUCCUACCGGGACGACAUCGACCUGCAGAACCUCAUCGACUCCCUUCAGAAAGCUAACCAGUGCUGUGGAGCCUAUGGCCCUGAAGACUGGGACCUUAACGUCUAUUUCAACUGCAGUGGUGCCAGCUAUAGUCGCGAGAAGUGUGGGGUUCCCUUCUCCUGCUGUGUGCCGGAUCCUGCGCAAAAAGUUGUGAACACACAGUGUGGAUACGAUGUCAGGAUUCAGCUGAAGAGCAAGUGGGACGAGUUCAUCUUCACCAAAGGCUGCAUCCAGGCGCUGGAGGGCUGGCUUCCGAGGAACAUUUACAUCGUGGCUGGUGUUUUUAUCGCCAUCUCUCUGCUACAGAUAUUUGGCAUCUUCUUGGCAAGGACCCUGAUCUCAGACAUCGAGGCGGUGAAGGCCGGCCAUUACUUCUGAGGAGCAGAGGCGAGCAAGUGCAGCUGAGCCACAUUGUGGAGGCCAGAACCCUUCACUGUCAUCAACCUUAUAUCCAGUGGGAGAGAAGCUGGCACAACCACCCGGAGCCAGCGCCCUUUCUUCAGCAUCAGUGUGAUAUGAACUCUAUUUCUCCUUGCUGGUGCUGAAGGCCCAGGGCUCCUUUUUACCUGCAAGACUUGAGCCUGCAUCCCUGCUGGGACUUCCUAGAGGCAGAAGUGUCUCUACAUGGGGCAGUGGCCCCGAGGGACAGACUGGGCUUCUGUGGCUGUAAGGAGUGCCUGUCUUGGCCCUCUUGGAGACCGAGAGCCUCUGCAGACACCUGCUCCUCACUGCAGGCUUUGGGUCAUGGGCGCUAGCCUGAUGGACAGCCACAUCUUAGGGUGGGACAUGGGUAAAGGGACAGCAGGUGAGCACAGAGCUUCUCUUUCCACCAAGUCCAGCAGUGCAGUGGCCUGCUCCUAGCUGGGGAAGGGGAGGGGCUCAAGUGGAUCUGUGUAUGCUAGUGGAAUCGUGGUGGGUUAGGAUCAUUUGCAGGACCCUCAGCCAUGUCCAAGUGAAGUAAGCCUGAGCCAGGGCAUGACUGGUGCCACGAAAUGCCUCGGCGACUACCCGCCAAGCCCCACUGCCAUUUUCCAGGACAGGAACUGCCUCUGGUUUCAACAGCAUUAAGCCCUGGUUGCUGGGGAAGCGGGGGUGGCCUGUUCCCCACUGAGAGCCGGCUCUCGUUUUCUUAAAGUGUGUAAAUAGUUUAUUUAUAGGGGUAAGAAUGUUUUCACACCAUGUCUUCAUUUCCUUUUCCUUUCCUCCGGCAUUCUCCUCUCAGCAGCCUUACACAGUGUCUGGAACUAAAAGCUGUCCCUUUCAGUUCCCCUGAGUGUCUCCAGAACCAACCACAGCAGCCUGUCCUUUCCAUCUACUGUGUUCCUGCAUUCCCCUUCCUCCAUACACUGCCCCCGAGACACACCCCACCUCCCAGCUUGGCCUCACUGUCUUCCAGUCUUGGUGCUACUAAAGCUGUCACCCGAACUUGAAUCCCGCCCCUCCUUCCCCAUGGCCUGCCCAGGGUACCCCAGCCCCCCACAUAGGCAGCCAAAAACCUUUUGGGCAGAACUUCUGGUCGAAGCUAUACGCCAAAGGCUGGCUGGCCUGACAUCUGUCCCUGGAGAGAGCUGCUGUCCUGCAGCCAGGCCUUUGCUGAGCUGUGCACCCCAGGCCACAGCUGCUUAGAAUCUUGGGACAUUUUAUUUCUCACUUUCGUGGUCAUUCCCCACCAGGAUAUGUGUGGUCACUGUGCCCAUCCUUCCUGUUGGGGCUCUUCUGGAGCUUGCUCUUGGCAGUGAAGUUUAUUGUAUGUGCUGAAAAACCCUUGGAGUAGUUGGGGCAUUGUCCAUCUUUAGCUGGGCUACUUCUAAUGCUUCUCUGUAGCUUGUACCAGUUCUGUCCUUACUGUUCAGGGAUCGAGAGCUACCUUCAUUCACUUGCAGAAGUGUACAUUCUAGUGUGGUGUAUACUGGUUAUGCUGGUGGGUGUUUGUUGUUGAUGAUGAUGAUGAUGAUAUUUUUGUUUUGUUUUGUUUUUUACCAUUCUCUGUAGACUAGAGGAAGAAUGCUUGUGUUUUUAGAAAGUGUGUUGCUUCUCUUUGACUGCCAAACUCUUUUAUGGAAUAUAUCUUUAUAUUAA